UUCCUGGCUUACAGCACGGCUUACCUCUGUUGAGGGUGACACUGAGACAAAGGAGUGGAAAUGUUGCUCCAGGAUAAGGGUGGAUAAGGCAAAUAUGAACAYGCACAAACACACACACCCCCCCAGCCGCGCAGGCGUCCAUAUAAGCGUGGUUGCCACCCCAGGACGGAAUCCAGGCUGUGAUUCCUUAGCAAAAGCCAAGCUCUGCUGCUCACAGCUGCUCCAGCCACCAUGAAGACCACGGGCRUGUUGCUGCUUCUCUCUCUGGCCCUUUUCUGCAUCUCAGUCCCAGUUACUGAUGCGCUUCAGUCUGCAUCCGUGUACUGUGGUAACCAGAGGACCUUCAGGCCUAUGUGCACCAUGGAGUACRUCCCACACUGCGGAUCUGAUGGGGUCACGUACUCCAACAAAUGCAUGUUCUGCAACGCAUUUGUGAGGAGCCGUGGAAAUCUUCGCUUGAGAUCUCUUAAUGCAUGUUAAGCUCUCAACAAAAUUCACCUGACAGAGGAUCCCCCCUGACAAUAUUCCCCAUGGCAGAUGUCUUCCUAAACCCUCACCCUGACCCUUCAAAAAACUUCUGAUCAAUAUUGAAACCUCUGCUUAAUAAACAACAAAAAAUU